CCGCGAGCGGCAGCUGAGGAGGGGGCCGCCGCGAGCCCGGGCGCGAGCGAGCGAGCGAGAGAGCGAGAAACAGCUGAUCUAGGGGGCGGGGGGGGGUUCUUCCUUUAAAGCGAGAGAAAAUGGAAGUCGGGUAGCAGCGACUGCGGCGCUGCGGACGAGCCGGGCGGAGCGGCGCGGCGCGGCAGAGUUCUCAGGGGCCGCUCACCUGCCCGCCUUCACUGAGCACCAAUGGGACAUUUCCAGCAGCGACCGCGCCCUGCCUACCCGGCUGCCUGACUGCCAUUCACCUCUACAGAAUCCAGAGGUGGCAGUGACCAAAGAAGACACUCUCUGGGCCGAAGUUCUAGUGAAUGGAGGGAAGGAAGAAGGCAAUUUCCUAAUUGGUACCCUAUACAUCAGAUGGAUGGUUUCUAGCCUGCUUCCAAACCCCACCUCGGCCGAGUGCUGGGCAGCACUUCUACAUGAUCCUAUGACGCUUGAUAUGGACGCAGUCCUGUCAGACUUUGUUCGGUCCACGGGAGCAGAACCUGGUCUGGCUAGAGAUCUGCUGGAAGGUAAAAACUGGGACCUGACAGCUGCACUAAGCGACUAUGAGCAACUCCGACAAGUACACACAGCCAACCUGCCACAUGUGUUCAACGAAGGGAGGUGUGCCAAGCAGCCCGAGCGAGAGCCAGCCCAGCCUGCGCACAAGGUGGAGAGGCCCUGCCUGCAGAGGCAGGACGACAUCGCCCAAGAGAAGCGCCUUUCCCGGGGUAUUUCCCACGCCAGCUCAGCUAUCGUCUCCCUGGCCCGGUCCCACGUGGCGAAUGAGUGCAACAAUGAGCAGUUCCCCUUGGAGAUGCCAAUCUACACCUUCCAGUUGCCCGACCUGAGCGUGUACAGUGAAGACUUCAGGAGCUUCAUCGAGCGGGACCUGAUCGAGCAGGCCACCAUGGUAGCUCUGGAGCAGGCAGGUCGCCUGAACUGGUGGUCCACUGUGUGCACAAGCUGUAAACGGCUUCUUCCUUUGGCCACGACAGGGGACGGGAACUGCCUUUUACAUGCCGCUUCACUGGGGAUGUGGGGUUUUCAUGACCGGGACCUGGUUUUGCGGAAAGCUCUGUACACCAUGAUGAGGACGGGCGCUGAGCGGGAAGCCCUGAAGCGGAGGUGGAGAUGGCAGCAGACGCAGCAGAACAAAGAGUCAGGGCUGGUGUACACAGAAGAGGAAUGGGAGCGAGAGUGGACUGAGCUACUAAAGCUGGCAUCCAGCGAGCCACGGACGCACUUCAGCAAGAACGGAGGCUCUGGAGGGGGUGUGGACAACUCUGAGGAUCCCGUGUACGAGAGCCUGGAGGAGUUCCACGUGUUCGUCUUAGCCCACAUACUAAGACGUCCCAUAGUCGUGGUAGCAGACACAAUGCUGAGGGACUCAGGAGGAGAAGCAUUUGCACCCAUCCCAUUCGGAGGGAUCUACCUGCCCUUGGAGGUGCCCCCAAACCGAUGCCACUGCUCCCCUCUGGUCCUGGCCUACGAUCAAGCACAUUUCUCAGCCCUCGUGUCCAUGGAGCAGAGAGACCAGCAACGAGAACAAGCCGUGAUCCCCCUGACGGACUCGGAACACAAGCUGCUACCGCUGCACUUCGCCGUGGACCCGGGGAAGGACUGGGAGUGGGGGAAAGACGACAACGACAACGCCAGGCUGGCGCACUUCAUCCUGUCGCUAGAAGCCAAGCUGAACCUUCUCCACAGCUACAUGAACGUGACGUGGGUCCGGAUCCCCUCGGAGACCCGGGCUCCCCUGGCCCAGCCGGAGUCCCCGACGGCGUCGGCGGGGGAGGACGUGCAGUCCCUGGCCGACUCGCUGGACUCGGAUCGCGACUCGGUGUGCAGCAACUCCAACAGCAAUAACGGCAAGAACGGGAAGGACAAGGAGAAGGAGAAGCAGCGCAAGGACAAGGACAAGACCCGCGCGGACUCCGUGGCCAACAAGCUGGGCAGUUUCAGCAAGACGCUGGGCAUCAAGCUCAAGAAGAACAUGGGCGGCCUGGGCGGCCUGGUGCACGGCAAGAUGGGCCGCGCCAACUCGGCCAACGGCAAGAACGGCGACGCGGCGGAGCGCGCCAAGGAGAAGAAGAGCAAGUCGCGCAAAGGCAGCAAGGAGGAGUCGGGCGCGUCGGCGAGCACGUCGCCGUCGGAGAAGACCACGCCGUCGCCCACGGACAAGGCGGCGGGCGCGUCGCCGGCCGACAAGGGCGGCGGGCCGCGGGGCGACGCGUGGAAGUACAGCACAGACGUGAAGCUCAGCCUCAACAUCCUCCGCGCCGCCAUGCAGGGCGAGCGCAAGUUCAUCUUCGCCGGGCUGCUGCUCACCAGCCACCGGCACCAGUUCCACGAGGAGAUGAUCGGCUACUACCUAACCAGCGCGCAAGAGCGCUUCAGCGCCGAGCAGGAGCAGCGGCGCCGCGACGCCGCCACGGCGGCCGCCGCCGCCGCUGCCGCCGCCGCCGCCGCCACCACCGUCACCACCGCCGCCACCGUCACCGCCGCCGCCACCACCCCGGUCACCUCCACCGCCAAGCGGGCGCCGCGCAAGCCGGAGGCCGAGAGCGCGCCGGCCGCGGAGCGCGCGUCGCCGGGCCCGCCGGCCGCGCAACCCACGCAGCUGGUGCUCAAACUCAAAGAGCGCCCGAGUCCCGGGGGCGCGCGGGCGGCGCGGGCGGCGGCGGGCGGGGGCGUGGCCUCCCCGGGGGGCGGCCACCGGCGGGCGGGCGCCAGCGGACCCCUCCCCGGCCGCAGCCCCCCGGCGCCCGCGCGCCAGAGCGUCAUCCACGUGCAGGCCGCGGGCGCGCGGGACGAGGCGUGCGCCCCGGCGGUGGGCGCGCUGCGGCCGUGCGCCACGUACCCGCAACAGAACCGAUCGCUGUCGUCGCAGAGCUACAGCCCGGCGCGCGCCGCCUCCGCCGCCGCCACCACCACCACCCUGCGCACCGUCAACACGGUGGAGUCGCUGGCGCGCGCCGUGCCGGGCACCCUCCCCGGCGUGACCGGGACCGGCCCAGGGACGACCGAUCACAAGUCGCAGACCUACACCAACGGUUUCGGCGCCGGGCGCGAGGGCCUGGAGUUCGCCGACGCCGACGCGCCGGCCGCGCGCUCGAACGGUGAGUGCGGAGGCCGCGCGGGGCCCGGGCCGGCGCAGCGGCGGUGCCAGCGCGAGAACUGCGCGUUCUACGGGCGCGCGGAGACCGAGCACUACUGCUCCUACUGCUACCGCGAGGAGCUGCGGCGCCGGCGCGAGACGCGCGGGGCCCGGCCCUGA